GCUUAUCCUUCUUCUCUCCCUCUCUCUCUAUAUAUAUAACCUACACGGUUGCCGUCAAUAGUUAGGAAUUUCAUCCCGAUUCUUCUGCGGGGGUCUGUGUACCAUGCGUGAUAUAUGUAUCUAUAUGAUCCAUCCUGCAGACAUCCAUAUAUAUAUAUAUAUAUAUAUAUUACAUGUGAAGUCUCCAUUGCCAUGGUAUCAACUUUGUCUUUGGAAGAUCGACACAGCCUAAUCUAACAUCUUCUUAUCUUUUCUAGAAGUUCUGCCUGCGCACCAUUCAUGAGCUAGCAAUAUACAGCAUCUAUCCCCAUCAGGACAGGAGAACAAAGGACGGGAGCCGUCCCACACACACACACACAUAUGUAUAGACAUCCGGCCAGAUUACAAAGAAGGGUUAGGGAGAGAGAUUGGAGAAGUUAUAAUUAAGGGCUGUUUUGUUUGCGAGCGCUGCUGAUGAUGAAGAAGUUGAUGAAGAAGUCACUGACUGCCCCUCCCAGUGCUCAGAUAAUAAGGGCAGAUCAGGACCAUCGUGGCCUGCAGGGCGAGGGGAGAGCGAGGCCAGAAGAAUCGUCGUCGUCGUUGUCGUCAUCGGAUGAUCAGCAGCGAACAGAAGACUACAUGUUUGAGGAACCGAGAGAGCGGAUCAAAUCAUCCAGGGGGAGCCAAUUCAACCUCAUUACCAAUGAGUUGAGACUCGAAUCAGCCGCCCACCGCAAGUUCACCCGCGAGUCCCUAAUCAGCGGCGUCAAAGACCUGUCAAGAGGCCUCGCCAUUCAUCCCAACAACAGGUGUUAUCGGGCAUGGAAGAAAUUCAUACUGAUAUGGGCGAUCUACUCAUCUUUCUUCACGCCAAUGGAGUUCGGUUUCUUCCGCGGACUCCCGGAGAACCUCUUUAUACUUGACAUUGCCGGACAGGUUGCCUUCCUAGUGGACAUUAUCCUGCUAUUUUUUCUAGCUUACAGAGACAGCCAAACGUAUCGAAUGGUCAACAAUCGCACCUCCAUUUCUCUCCGGUACUUGAAAUCCAGUUUUUUCCUUGACUUUCUCGGUUGCAUGCCUUGGGAUAUUAUUUACAAGGCCUGUGGCAGGAGAGAAGAAUUGCGUUAUCUCUUAUGGAUAAGGUUGAGCCGGGUCCGCAAGGUCACGGAGUUCUUUCAGGCAAUGGAGAAGGAUAUAAGGAUCAACUAUCUGUUUACCAGGAUUGUGAAGCUCAUCGUUGUCGAACUCUACUGCACUCACACAGCUGCCUGCAUCUUUUACUAUUUAGCCACUACUCUGCCUCCUUCUAAAGAAGGUUACACUUGGAUUGGAAGUCUAAAGUUGGGGGAUUUCAGUUAUUCCAACUUCAGAGAAAUUGACCUCUGGAAGCGGUACAUGACUUCGUUAUAUUUUGCCAUUGUUACUAUGGCGACUGUGGGUUAUGGAGACAUACAUGCCGUCAAUUUGAGAGAAAUGAUAUUCAUAAUGAUAUAUGCCUCAUUCGACAUGAUCCUUGGUGCUUACUUGAUUGGUAACAUGACGGCUUUGAUCGUGAAAGGAUCAAAGACAGAGAAGUUCCGGGAUAAGAUGACAGAUCUCAUCAAAUAUAUGAAUAGGAACAGACUUGGGAAGGACAUAAGGGAUCAGAUCAAAGGCCACUUAAGGUUACAGUAUGAGAGUAGCUACACCGAUGCUGCUGUUAUCCAAGAUAUCCCCAUAUCUAUCCGUGCAAAAAUCUCUCAGACACUAUACAUGCCGUACAUCGAGAAUGUUGCUCUUUUCAGGGGAUGCUCUUCAGAGUUCAUUAAUCAAGUUGUCAUUAGACUCCAUGAAGAAUUCUUCCUCCCUGGAGAAGUAAUAAUGGAACAGGGAAAUGUGGUGGAUCAACUUUAUUUUGUCUGUCAUGGUCUCCUGGAGGAGGUUGGCAUAGGAGAGGAUAGGUCAGAAGAGACUGUUUCACUUGUACAGCCCAACAGCUCAUUUGGAGAAAUUUCAAUCCUUUGCAACAUUCCUCAACCUUACACAGUCCGUGUCUGUGAAUUAAGUCGGCUUCUGCGUCUUGAUAAACAGUCACUGACAAAUAUUCUCGAGAUAUACUUUUAUGAUGGACGGAGGGUAAUGGACAAUCUUCUGGAGGGAAAGGAAUCCAAUCUUCGAGUCAAACAACUGGAGUCAGAUAUCACAUUUCAUAUUGGGAAGCAAGAGGCUGAACUUGCACUGAGGGUAAACAGUGCAGCGUAUCAUGGAGAUCUGCAUCAGCUAAAAAGCUUGAUACGGGCAGGAGCAGACCCCAACAAGACAGAUUAUGAUGGAAGGUCGCCUUUGCAUCUUGCAGCAGCAAGAGGAUUUGAGGAUAUAAUUCUUUUCCUGAUUCAUCAGGGAGUGGACAUUAACAAGAAAGAUAAUUUUGGGAAUACGGCCUUGCUAGAAGCUAUCAAGAGUGGACAUGACCGAGUAGCUUCACUGCUUGUCAGGGAAGGGGCCUCUCUGGAAGUAGAUGAUGCUGGUAGCUUUCUUUGCAGUGCUGUUGCAAAGGGGGAUGCAGACUUUCUCAAAAGACUUCUGUCCAGUGGGAUUGACCCAAACUCGAAAGAUUAUGAUCACCGCACCCCACUUCAUGUAGCUGCCUCAGAAGGACUGUUUCUGAUGGCAAAGCUGCUUGUCGAAGCUGGGGCCAGCGUCUUCUCAAAGGACAGAAGGGGAACUACUCCAUUAGAUGAGGGACGAAUUUGUGGAAACAAGAAUUUGAUCAGAUUGCUCGAGGCUGCAAGAUCUGCUCAGCUGUCGGAAUUUUCAGAACGCUCUCAUGAGAUUGCAGAUAAAGUGCCCUUGAAAAAGAAGUGCACGAUGUUCCCUUUCCAUCCAUGGGAAUCCCUAGACCGUAGAAGACAUGGGGUUGUGUUAUGGGUCCCCGGCACUGUUGAAGAGCUCAUCAGAACCGCAGCAGAACAGCUACAGUGUCCAACUGCACCUUGUAUACUAUCUGAAGAUGCAGGGAAAAUUACUGAUGUGGACAUGAUUAGUGAUGGUCAGAAGCUGUACUUGAUAAGCCAAACAGAGAAGAUGUAGACGUCGACUGCAUGUGUUGUAUUUUUCGCGCGUACCUCACUGGAAGUUUCCUCAAAGCUUGUGGCAGAAAUAAAACAAUCGGUUGGCAGGGAAACUACAUACUUCACGAGAAGCAUGCUUGCUAUCUUUUAUUCAUCUGAAUCUGGAACUUUUGAGUUGGCUGAUGGUUCCAUGUAUUUGCGUCCGAAUCCCAGAACUGCUUAUGUGGAUUAAGUCAGCACUUGUAAAAAUGCAAUACCAAAGACUUGCACAAUCGAACCCA